UUCGUGCUGAAGAACUAUGGGGAGAACCCGGAGAACUACAACGAGGAGCUGCGGAAGCUGGAGGGGCUCCGGCAGAGCGCCGUGACGGUGCCGCGGGACUUCGAGGGCUGCAGCACCCUCAGGAAAUACUUCGGGCAGCUCCACUACCUGCAGAGCCGCAUCCCCAUGGGCGCCGAGCAGGAGGCCGCCGUGCCCGUCGCCUGGACCGAGAUCUUCUCGGGCAAGACGGUGACUCACGAGGACAUCAAGUACGAGCAGGCCUGCAUCCUGUACAACCUGGGUGCGCUGCACUCCAUGCUGGGCGCCAUGGACAAGAGAGUGUCCGAGGAGGGCAUGAAGGUCUCGUGCACCCACUUCCAGUGCGCGGCCGGCGCCUUCACGUACCUGCGGGAUCACUUCCCGCACUCCUACAGCGUGGACAUGAGCCACCAGAUCCUCAACCUCAACAUCAACCUCAUGCUGGGCCAGGCGCAGGAGUGUCUCCUGGAGAAGUCCAUGCUGGACAACAGGAAGAGCUUCCUCGUGGCCCGGAUCAGCGCCCAGGUCGUGGAUUACUACAAAGAGGCCUGUCGGGCUUUGGAAAACUCGGAGACCGCUUCCCUGCUGGGGAAGAUCCAGAAAGACUGGAAGAAAUUGGUUCAGAUGAAGAUCUACUAUUUUGCUGCUGUGGCUCAUUUGCACAUGGGAAAACAGGCCGAGGAACAGCAGAAAUUUGGGGAAAGGGUCAUCUACUUCCAGAGCGCUCUGGAUAAGCUCAACGAAGCCAUCAAGCUGGCCAAGGUGGGCUCCUUCCCCGUGGACAUGGGAAGCCACCGCUGGGAGCGGUCCUUUCAUGUCCCCACGGUGCCUGCGGAAAAGCCCUGGGGCUGCUGGGCUUGGUGGCCACCAGGACCACCGUGCCCGUUGCCCGGCGCGCGCUAA